AUGAACCAGGGCGCCGCCUGCAAGCAGGUCAUUGAGAACACGGAAAAGUUCAUAGUCAACACAUACUCGCGCCCAGCACUCGUGCUCUCGCACGGCAAGGGUAGCUAUCUGUACGACACUGACGGCAAGGAGUACCUUGACUUCACUGCUGGAAUUGCUGUCGUGGGACUCGGCCACAGCCACCCGGCCGUUGCUGCCGCCGUGGCCGACCAGUCGACCAAGCUGGUGCACUGCUCAAACCUCUACCACAACGAGUGGGCGCCCAAGCUGGCCCAGAAAAUUGUCAGCGCGACUCUCGAGUCAUAUCCGCAGGGCACGCAGGGCAUCUACGCCAAGGACGACAGCGGCUCGGACGCCACCGCGCGCGUGUUCUUCUCCAACUCAGGAACCGAGGCCAACGAGGGCGCGCUCAAGUUUGCGCUGCGGCAUCGUUUCGUUCACCGGCGGUUCCACGGUCGCUCGAUGGGCGCUCUGAGUGUGACGGCUAACCCAAAGUACCAGAAGCCCUUCACGCCGCUGAUCCCGGGCGUACAGACCGUCAAGUUUAACGAGACGCGUGAGCUCGGUGCUUUUAUUGACGAGCGCACGUGCGGUGUCAUUGUCGAGCCCAUCCAGGGCGAGGGCGGAAUCCAUCCGGCGCAGGUGGACUUUUUGCGCGCUCUGCGUCGCCGCUGCGACCAGGUUGGCGCGCUUUUGAUUUUUGACGAGAUCCAGUGCGGGCUCGGGCGCUCGGGCAAGAUGUGGGCGCACCAGUUGUACCCUGAGGACUGCAGCCCCGACAUUGUUGCGAACAUUAUGAAGGUCGGCGACCACGGCACGACCUUUGGUGGAAACCCGCUGGCGUGCCGUGUCGGCUGCGUGUUCCUGAAGCACAUUUCGACUGCUGGAGAGGUGCUCGAGCAGGAACUGACCAAGGUACUGGCGCCAUUCAUUGGCAAUGUUGUCGUUGAGAUGCGUGGUAUUGGUCUUCUCCGCGGCGUGCAGUUCCGCAGCGAUCCGUCAAAGAUCGUUGACAUUGCGCGCGAUAACGGCUUGAUGCUGGUCGCCGCUGGAGGGAACUCUGUCCGCCUCGUCCCGCCACUUAAUAUUUCCAUCGCUGACAUCAAGAAGGGUGCUGCUAUCCUUGGCGAGUGCGUCAAGCAGGCCAACUUGGCGUAA